AUGAGGGGCAGGAGUGCGGUGGGAGACGGGUGGCAGGGAACAGGCUGCUGGAGCUCCCCCCCAAACCCACUCUCCCUGGUCUCCCCUCCAUCCCCAGAGCUGUCUGUGCUGUUCGCAGAGGGAGCCACUGUUGUGCUGACAGUCACUGACAGGGCCUGCAAAGGGGCAGCAGGGGUGUCAGUGGAAGGGGAGGCGGACACAAGCACCAGAGUCUGUGCUGGGCUCCGCAGAAUCACUGUGCCAUUGGUGACGCCGCCUGUAGCAGCAUUUAUGGGGACCGGCACCUGGAGGCCCGAGAUGGGUUGA